AGUUUUGUCUUUCCAGACAGGAACAACGAGUGCUGACUGCAUGCUAGCUUUCUCAGCUGUGACUCCGUGAGUAAAGUCAAGCCAGAUCAGUGGCCUCUCUCAGGUUUGACGAUCGUACGAAUGGGAAGAGGGGAGACCAAUUUCCGUAUAAUAUUAAUUUUUGUCUUGCGCCGCAACUGCUGAGGACUGAAGUGCUAUUUUUCCCUACAUGUCCCUUGUAUAAUAUUAAUAGCCUGCUCGAGCUGAUAGUGUCUGUCACAAUCCGGCUUCUCAUACCUGCUAUACUGGUACUGUGGUCUGCACAGCUCAUAGUUAUCCUGUUUACUAGUAGUUCUGAAAGAGUGAGCUCGAAAUUUCCAACAAGAGGCCAUGGAUUCAUCUGUCCUGUACUCCUCCAACCAUCGCAGAAGAUUUCCUAAACCAGCUCGUGAGCGUCAUCCUGUAUCAGCUGCUUUGAGUCUUAGUGGAAUGAUCUGCCUAAUUAUUGCUCUGGUGGAGCCCAGGUGGUCCAAGCGUGGAACGAAGCCCUGCAUUGCUGCUGUUCAUAACAAAGUGUGUGUUUCCACCAUGGGUCUUUUUCACAAUGACUUCAGUGUCAAACCGUUCAGCUCCAACACAGAGAACAAAUACUUGGUGGCUGCGACCGUGUUCUGUUGUUUGCUGUCCUCGGUUUGGCUGCUAAUGGCGUUCAUCCUCAGCUCAGGCUAUCCGCGCCAGCGAUUGGCGUGUAUGCGGCACAAUGCGAUUGGAAAUAUCCUGGGGGUCCUGUGCAGUGUGAUGGGCUGCAGCUUGUGGUUCUGGUGCACGAGCAACAUCUCGCGGAUCAGCGGGUACGAGGAUCUGCGCUUCGAUACCAGCUUCUACUUGGUGGUGUCCGCGGCUGCGUGUGCAGUGGUCGCAGGUGCUAUAAAUCUAUUACGCUUCAAGCCCUACAGCCAAACCCAUCGUAACCAAAUGGCAAGUACGCUCAGUACCAGUGAAAACGCUAUGCUAAAUUUACUCGCUGAAGUCGAGGACAAUACACAGAACAGCUCAUUGCCAUCUUAUCAACCGUAAGCAAAGUGACUUUAAAAUUAAUAACCAUGUUGGCAAAGGGCGAAAUAUGCCUCCCUCUUGAAGACUUUAUUUAACAGAUCUUCUACGUCUCUUCCUCGCUGCCGGAUGGGUGUACUGUACCAUCACCGGCUCCCUUUUAUAUCUGUUUUAGCUCAGCUGCUACUAGUGCUUAGUUUCUAGCUGUAUUUGUGUGUUCAUACUGUUUAUAGUGUUUCUAGUGUGCUAGUGUGCAUAGUACAUGUGCCACCGCCGCUACUCACGUAGCGCACCGUACCUAGUACAGGGCCGCUGUGCGUGUUACAAUGAGAUUGAGUGGCCAGUCUGGCAGCAUGCAUGCAAUGCGUACUGCGUAAGUUUGCCGCCACACAUGCCCGCAGCGCGUACACAGGUGUGUGGUGUAAGAGUUUGCCUGGUUUAACACAUGCCAUUUUUCGGUGAUGUCCACUUCCUUUUGGCGCUUUAUGCGCCUCGAUGCUAUGCUAUGUCCUUGGUGUACCUUUUGUGCCAAUUUCGCCACGGCUUGACUCUUUGUGAUUAGUAUCAUUUCUCCUAAGUUUCGUACACAAGACACAUAGGAUUACCAGUUUUAUGCUAGUUUCUUUUGACCUAUGGAUUUUUUAUAUGUUUCUUCAGGCCCAGGCACUGAGCAUAUGUGAUAGUUUCUGUGCAGCAGACAUCUCAUUCUGUACCUGAUUUUCUACAUGCAAAGCCUUUACUGCA